AUGAAGACUUCGUGGAAAGAUAUCCCGCCAGUGCCGACAAACGCAGAGUUUGUCGACAUUGUGCUGUCGUCAACACAGCGCCGGCUUCCAACGCAAAUUCGUGCGGGCUUCCAGAUUGCCCGUAUUCGAGCUUUCUACACACGGAAGGUCAAGUUCACGGCCGAAGGCUUCUCGGAGAAGCUGACGUCGAUCCUGACGGCCUUCCCCCGUCUCGCAGAUCUGCACCCUUUCUACAGCAGUCUCUUCAACGUCCUGUAUGAUGCCGACCACUACAAGAUUGCACUCUCGCACCUCUCGGGUGCCAAGAACACGAUCGAGACGAUCGCCCGUGACUACGUGCGGUUGAUCAAGUAUGCGCAAUCGCUGUACCAGGCCAAGUCGCUAAAGCGGGCCGGCCUCGGCCGCAUGUCGACGGUGAUGCGGCGGCUCAAGGACUCGCUGGCGUAUCUGGAGGAGGUACGGCAGCACAUUGGCCGUCUGCCGUCCAUCGACCCGACGACCCGCACGCUGCUUGUGUUCGGCCUGCCCAACACGGGCAAGUCGAGCUUUGUGCGCAGCGUCAGCCGUACGGACACGCCGGUCGACUCGUACGCCUUCACGACCAAGAGCCUAUUCUGUGGCCACUUCGACUUUGACUACCUGCGCUUCCAGGUGAUUGACACGCCAGGCGUGGUGGACAAGCCGCUCGAGGAUAUGACCACGAUCGAGAUGCAGUCGAUCUCGGCCCUGGCUCAUCUGAACUGCGCCGUCCUCUUCUUCCUGGACCCAUCCGAGCAGUGCGGCUACACGCUGGACGCGCAGUGCGCGCUCUUCAAGAGCCUGGCGCCCAUAUUCUCGCAGCGGUCUGUGUACCUGGUCAGCAACAAGUCUGAUCUGAUGAAGCUGCAGGACCUGGAGCCGGAAGCCCGCGCCAAGAUCGAGGCGCUGGCCACGGCCUCUCACGUGGUCGACACGCUCGAGGCGUCGUGCCACACGGGUGACGGUCUGCACAAUGUCAAGGACGUGGUCUGCCGCCGGCUGAUUGCCGACCGCGUGGCCAAGAAGCUCGGAGCGGUGUCGGCCAGCGUCGACAAGGUGGGCACGCGCGGCGAGGCGUUGCUGCGGCGAAUUCACGUGGCGCGACCGAUGGUGGCCGGUGGUGGUGCUAACGAGGAGGCGCUGCCGCUGCGGGAGACAUUUGUGCCAGAGGCAGCCAAGGAGCGGAUGCGUCCGGAGCGGCUGGAGCGCGACCUGGAGGCCGAACAGGGCGGCCCUGGUGUGUACAACUUUGACCUGCAGCGGGACUACGUCGGGAUCGACCCGGAGCACCAGCACGACAAGAUGCCGGAGGUGUACAACGGGCAGAACGUGCUCGACUUUUACAGCCCCGACAUUGAGCAGAAGAUGGCCGAGCUGGAGGCUGAGGAGGAGAAGCUGAUUGCCGAGGGCUACUACGACACCGAGUCGGAUGACGACUCGGAGUUUGAGGACGCCGAGGACCUGCUGGCCAAGGCGGACAAGAUCCGCGAGAAGCUGGCGCUGAUCCGCAACGACGCGAAGCUGCGCAAGCGGUCGCUCAAGAACAACGCGCUCAUCCCGCGCUCGAUCCUGUCCAAGGCGGCCGGCCGGAAGAACCAGCUGCGCGGCCGUGGCGGCAACAACGCGGACGAAGACGAGAUGCAGGACGACGAGAUGAUGGACGUCGACGACGGCGCCGUUGCCGUGCAGGCGGCCAAGAUGCAGCGCGACGUCAAGACGGCCAAGCUCAAGCAGCUCGGCCAGAAGAACAUGAACCGCCACGCACGGCAGGGCGAGGCCGACCGGCAUAUUGCACCGUCAUUGACAAAGCAUCUGCUGGCUGGCAAGCGUGGUAUGGGCAAGACGAACCGGCGGUAA